AUGACGGGGGUAUUCCCGUUCCUCAGCUCGAAGGCCAAGGAGAUCCAGUCGGAUUUUAACAAAGGCGCCUCCAUAGAUCAAGUCAGGGAUAUGAAGCAGUUUGUCGCACACGAACUGAAGUCGUUGAAACUUCAACAUCGUCAGUUAGAAAUGCAUAUCUGUGCUUGUGAAGUGUUACUGGAGAAAAAUGGAGCUGCAGGAGCCAGUGAACGUCUUCGAUUUGAGCAUGAGCUGGUCGCUGGCACAGCCAACAUCGCUGAUGUAAUUUCAUACCUCGAGGAUUGCAUGCUGCGUGAACUCCCGUCCUGGCAGGUACUGUCUCUGGCAUGUCUAGCGUCUCUGGCUCAGAAUGGCUUUUCUGCAAAGCAUUUCCAGUCCUUCCGUGAACACUUCCUCAGGACAUAUGGGUACGAGUACCUUCCGAUACUGCACAGUCUCACUUCAAAACGUCUUCUCAUCGAGAAACCUCGUCCAAUCGUGGGUGGUGCAGGUCCGCCCGCACCUCCUUCUCCUUCGCCCGGUGAUUCCCUACCGACCCUACCGUUUCUAAUCAAGAGACUGAAUCUGGUUCCCACAUCGGAAGAUACCGCGAUAGACCUACGCAACCCGUCUACGAUGAGUUAUGUCUUCUCCGGUGCAUUCACACCGCCGUUUUGUCAAGUUGUCGCCAACGCAAUGGUACACGGUUGGAAUACAAAUGAAUUGAAGAAGACUUUUGGACGAGUACUCGUCGAAGAGAACAGUUAUAUUCCAGCAGAUCGUCGUCCGGACAAUCGUAUGAGGAAAGCGAUCCUAGUCUUCUUCUUAGGAGGCGUCACUUAUGCAGAAGUAGCCGCGCUACGGCUGCUGGCUGUGCAGAAUAACUUCAGAAUUCUUAUCGCCAGCACCAAUAUUAUUCAUAGGGAGACUUAUAUGAAGUAUUUGAGUGAUAUAGAUUCGAGAAUGAUCUAG